UGUGUUCAUCUUUCAUCCGCGCCGCGUUUUCAAAGUUUGCUCACGAUCAAAGGCUUCUCCGAUCUUCCUCGCCUGAAAAGGUUUCGUCUUUAAUAUAAUGGAGGGGAGAGUGGCUAAUAUGUGGAGGCUGACUGUGAACGAGAGUAAAUUUGUGGAAACUGCGUUACAAUCUGAGCUCAGAGUCGAUGGUCGUGGCCUUUAUGAUUACCGCAAGCUUACUAUUAAGUUUGGCAAAGAAUAUGGUAGCUCAGAAGUUCAACUUGGUCAGACUCAUGUAAUGGGUUUUGUGACUGCUCAGUUGGUACAACCUUACAAAGAUAGACCUAACGAAGGCUCCCUAUCUAUCUUCACUGAGUUCUCUCCAAUGGCUGAUCCGUCAUUUGAGCCUGGUCGUCCUGGGGAAUCUGCAGUGGAACUUGGUCGCAUUAUCGACCGAGGUCUAAGAGAAAGCCGUGCAGUAGAUACAGAGUCACUCUGCGUUCUAGCUGGAAAAAUGGUCUGGUCUGUUCGCAUUGAUCUUCACAUUUUGGACAACGGAGGGAACUUGGUUGAUGCUGCCAAUAUUGCUGCUUUAGCAGCUCUCAUGACGUUUAGGAGACCAGACUGCACGGUAGGAGGGGAGAAUGGUCAAGAAGUGAUCAUACAUCCACCAGAGGAAAGGGAACCACUUCCAUUGAUUAUACAUCAUCUCCCAAUAGCCUUCACGUUUGGAUUUUUUAAUAAGGGCAACAUUGUGGUGAUGGACCCAACUUAUGUUGAAGAAGCAGUAAUGUGUGGGAGAAUGACUGUGACAGUUAAUGCAAAUGGCGACAUAUGUGCAAUCCAGAAACCGGGAGAAGAAGGCGUGAGCCAGACUGUAAUCCUUCAUUGUAUGCGUCUUGCUUCUUCAAGAGCUGCUGCAACUACAAAGAUAAUUAGAGAAGAAGUUGAAGCAUAUAACCGUGAGAGAAGCUUACAGAAGGUGAAGCGACAUCCCACUUUGGCCAAGUCUGAAGUUUCUGGACCUACUGUAGCUGUGAAGGAGGAGCAUAGGAAGUCCUCAGAUCAGGAAAAAGCUGCAGAGAUAUCUCGGGAACAUGUCGAAAGAUUAGAUCUUUGUUCAGAGGAACCAAGAAGCAAUAAGGAAGAAGAAGUUACUGCCUCUCCUACCAAUUUUAAAGGCGGUCCCUCAAAGUGGGACCCUUACUCAGAAGCUAUGGAUGUUGAUUCACUGAAAGCUUCUCUUGCUUCAAGAGGGGAUUCCGUUACUAAGUCAUCGAGCAAGAAGACAACAAAUGGCUCUGAAAAUGCAGAGAAGGAUGCUGAGAUGUCAGUCGAGGAAGUAACCGGAGACCUAGGGAAGAAGGAUACAAUUGAAGCUACAAAACAAAAGGAUGGAGAGAUGACACUCAAAGAUGCUGUCAAACCUAAGAAGAAGCGGAAAAACAAAAACAAUUAGAAAGUCCCUAGUUUUAAAGUAGAAUCCAAAUUUUGGGUGCAAAACCUUGCUGAGUUGCAUCACUCAAAGAUGCAUUUGGUCUUUGGCAGACGCAUACGCAUUUUGUGUCGUCAUUCACCAAGUUUUUUAA